AUGUUUGGGUUUAUGAAAUCCCCUGCUAAGAUUGCUAAGCAAAGCUCUGUGGACCCAGGAUCUCUUGAUAAAGUUACUAAGUCUGAUGGGGCUAAGAUCACCCCGGCGAGACGAACUACUUCUGAGCCCGUGCUCAUCACCCCGGACAUGGGUAAUGAGACACAUGGGCUAGAGAACCAGAGUGUGCAGGAGUUGGAGAACUAUGCUGUGCACAAGUCUGAGGAGACAACAAAGAGUGUCAACAAUUGCCUGAAGAUUGCUGAGGACAUCAGGGAGAGUGCUACAACCACACUUGACACAUUGCACCAGCAGGGUGAACAGAUUAAUAGGACACACAUGGCUGCUGUUGAUAUAGAUAGGGAUUUGAGCAAGGGCGAGAAGCUUUUAAAUGGACUUGGAGGCAUUUUUUCUAAGCCUUGGAAGCCAAAGAAGACCAAGGAGAUUAAAGGCCCUGAUAUGACAUCAGCUGCAACCAAUAAACAUGCAAGUAAGGAGCAGAGGGAAAAGCUAGGUACAUCUCCUGCACCCAAAGGAAGCCGGUCAGCUCCGAGAACACCCCCUCCUGAAGGAGCAAGUGCUAUCCAGCAAGUCGAGGCUGAGAAGGCAAAGCAAGAUGAUGCUCUUUCAGAUCUAAGUAAUAUUUUGGGCGAUUUGAAGGGAAUGGCUACGGAGAUGGGGAGUGAACUCGAGAGACAAAACAAAGCUAUGGAUCAUCUCUCUGAUGAUGUGGAUGAGCUCAACUCUCGAAUGAAAGGUGCCAAUCAAAGAACUCGACGCCUGUUAGGAUCGUGA